AUGCACGUAUUGCCUGCGCCGCACGGCAUGGGUGCGCGCGGUGACAUCGGCGACCAUCCCCGGCCUGCCAAGGAGACAUCCAUGUUCAAUACCCUGCUGGUCGCCCUGGACGGCGGCCCCCAGCACGCGCGCGUGCUGGACCUCGCCGCGGCCAUCGCCGGCCCGCGUAGUCGCCUGCACCUGCUGUGCGUGCUCGAUCCCGAAUUCGCGCUGGCCGCCGAUGCCAGCGAAGCCGACCGCAUCGAGUAUCCGGAAGCCGCCCGCCAGCGCUCGCGCGCCGAAGCGGUGCUGGCCGAAGCCUUGGCCGAACUGCGCGAACGCGGCGUCGAUGCCAUCGCGCAGAUUCCCUCCGGCGAUCCCGGCGAAGUCAUCAGCGAACAGGCCAAGCGCCUGAAGUGCGACCUGAUCGUGAUCGGCCACCGCCACCUGUCCCGCCUGCAACGCCUGUUCGAACCCUCGAUCGGGCAAUGGACCAUCGACCACGCGCCCUGUCCGUUGGGUCGUGGCGAGCAGGCACUGCUCGCUGCGAUACGCCAACUGCGCGAGCCCGACCUGCGGGCCGAUGGGCUGGCCGGGUUGAGCGACCUCGGCCUUGAUCCCGAGGGCUGCGGCGCGUUCAUCAACCUGCUGCCGCUGCUGGCCACGCCUGCCGCGCCGAUAGAUCUGCUGCGGUCCGGCUCGCCGUUCAUCGCCGCCAGCGAACUGGACCUGCUGGCCUGCCUGCUGCGUAUUGCACAGUGGCGGCACGCACGCCCCCGCGACGACGACACGCUGGCGCCGUUGCGCCGGCAACUGGCACGCUGUGCAUUCGUGGUGCACGCGGCGAAGCUGCCACUGCGGCAGCGCUCGUUGUCACCGGUCGGGCUCCGCCUGCUCGAUCCGGCCGGCUGGCUGCGGCAGCGAUGA